AUGGACAGGACGCUCGUUUUCUGCGUUCUAGUGGUUAUAUGCUACAAAAUCUCCCCUACAGUACAGGAUACACAUACAAAGGAAAAUAUAGAUACAUUAUUAGAGAGAUUAAUAGAAGGAGUUAAUAAUGCAUCUGUCGACUCAAUUAAAUCCAAUCCCAAUAACAAUUCGAGGGUAAUUUAUUUUAAAACUGUACCUGAGCCGUCAAUAAUUUUUAAAAGAAAAUCUAACGAUACUGAAGAUGAAAACAAAAACCCACCUACUCCCGACUUUUUAUAUGAUGAUUUGGAAGAAGAACAAAGUGAACAACCAAACUCCACACCUUUAAUAAAGGACAAAAGUAGCGAAAAUGUAACACGCCGAAGUCAGGAAAAUUCCGAGGAUACGACAGUAGAAAAACCUGAGAGCAGAGAUGCAAUAAAAGAUCUCCUAGCAAACCGAAACAAAGGCAAGAUUACACCGGACUUUAUAAUAGAUCAAUUUGUGUAUGAAGAGAGUGAAACGAAUUUUGAGAGUUUUAGAAGUGAAUUAGAAGACCUAAAGAAAGAAGUGGCAAAUCACAAUAAUAAGGACAAAUAUAGAUUUACGAGACUAUUUUCAGAUAUAAAAAAUCUCUAUAAUGAAAUCGAAGCGUUAAAAAUAGCACAGGAAAAAAUUAUUACGACACAGGAUAUGCUAUCUCGAAGGGUUAAUGUACCUGAUAUGGAGAUGGGUAGAACUACAAAUCUUCAACCAAGACCAAACUGUCCUUACUUCAAAAAUGGAAUAAGCGUGCAACCUAAUUUACCUAAUUAUGAAGGACGUAGAUUUAUCAACGCUCCACCAAUGCAAUAUAGAUCUUUAAACUCCAUCCCACAAUUUUCCAAUAUGAGACAAAUACCACAUUUUCAAAGCGCCAUAUUGAAAAAUCCACGCAGGUUACCCCAUAAGCAAAUAAUAUACUUUCAUUAA